UUUUUCAACGUGUCCGGUCUAAAUCGGACCUACGGUCUCAGCAAACGAACCGCAGAGCAGAUUCCACGAAAGGAGUUGUCAGUCCACUUAAAUCGUUGACCGUAUACCUUACAUCAACGUAUCAUAAUAUAAAUCCUAAUUUCCGAUACGAACUAUCGUAUAAUCCGCGUCGCGUUUUGACAAAACCCUCAAAAGGAGUAAAAAACGAUGGAUUUGACAACGAGGACAGUGAUUAUAUUUUAUAUGUAAAUGAUGUAUUAGGAAGUGAGGAGGGACAGAAAUAUCUCAUUUUAGAUGUUCUUGGCCAAGGGACGUUCGGUCAGGUUGUGAAGUGUCAGAACUUGAAGACAAAAGAUAUUGUUGCGGUCAAAGUCGUGAAAAAUAAACCAGCUUACUUUAAUCAAAGUAUGAUGGAAGUUACUAUAUUAGAGUUGUUAAAUCAAACGUGGGACAGUCAAGACCAACAUCACAUUUUAAGGCUUUUAGAUACAUUUAUUCAUCGUCGUCAUCUUUGUUUGGUGUUCGAACUUUUAUCCGUUAAUUUGUAUGAAUUGAUAAAGCAGAAUCAAUUUCGUGGACUUAGCACUAAUCUCGUUAGAGUAUUUACCUCACAAUUAUUAGAUGCACUUACUGUACUGAAUGAAGCUCGCAUAAUUCAUUGCGAUUUAAAGCCUGAAAAUGUAUUGUUGAAAAACUCGGAAUAUAAUCAAGUCUCUCGGAUCGUCGAAAUGUUAGGCGUCCCGCCACCAUAUAUGAUCGAAGUAGGUAAAACAGCUCAUGAAUAUUUCGAACGGUAUACGAAUGAACAUGGUCAAAAGAAAUAUCGUCUGAAAACGAUGGAGCAAUACAUGAGGGACAAUAAUUGUGUAGAACAACCUUCCAAGAGAUAUUUUUCUGCUACAACUUUACCUGAAAUUAUAAAGUCUUAUCCGAUAAUGAGGAAAGGUGUAACUCAAAAGGACAUUGAUAAAGAAAUGCAAAAUCGGCUGGCUUUUAUUGAUUUUGUGCAAGGAUUAUUGAAUCUCAAUCCUAUUGAACGAUGGUCGCCACAACAAGCUAAAUUACAUCCGUUCAUAACGGGUGAGAAAUUCACUGGUAAAUUUACGCCGCCAAUGCAGCUCAAAUCAUCUAAUAAAUCCAGCAACACAUCCACACAAUCGGUCCCUUCAUCUACAAGUUCACAACCAUCGUCACAUUUGGCGCCGUUGCCGUCACAUUCACAAUAUAAAACACCUAACUCAUCUCCAAAAAUUCCACAUAAAAAUCCGGUUGUAAUUCAUGAAAUGCCAUCUGUAACAAUAACAUCUCAUAAUGUCAAUGCAACUGGUCAACGACCACAAAUUCAACAAACUUCAAAUAAAAUGGCGACUUUGGCACCCAAACAGAGUUUAAGUACUCUAAGACCUCGUGCUAGUACAAUUGGAAACAUCCAAGUCCCACCUCAAAUUCAAAUAGCUGCGGCUCUUGUGUCCCCAGGAAACGUAGGCGCGUCACCAGGUGAACAUAAGAGGCUCCCAAAAGAAAAAGAUCAGAGACGAUUGCCACCGCCAUACCCGCAUCUACAGCUAUUACCGGAACAUGAACAUGAAACUGCACAAUUUUCUGUUGUAGUUGAUGGUGAAGACAGGCGUGCAACAGGUGCAACACCUGGGACUUAUUACCAGAAUUUAGCGCCUCCAUUAAAUUACGAACAAUAUCAUCACCAUUCACAAACACAUCGGUAUAAUUCUAAUUAUCGAAUAUCACCGUCAACCUCGCCAUCAUAUCCACCGUCAUUCCAUGCCGGCAAGG